GUAACUAUGCCCUGCCCUGAACCUGAAUUCUCAUGAGAUUCAGUAUAAAUACUAGCUCUGGCCUGACUUUCUGGUUAUCUGAAGGCUUUGGGAUCCAACAUGAAGUUGUCAAGUGGCCUCCUCUUUCUUCUGGUCCUCCUUACCUUCAGCAUUGGCCAGCAAGAAGCUAGGGAGAUCCGUGCUUCACUCUUGGGAAAAUGUGUAGAGCUCUGUUAUGGGGACUGGGACUGUGAGCCUCAUGAAAAGUGCAUCAGCAAUGGAUGUGACCACUAUUGCUCAGAAGGUUAUUUUUAGAAUCACACUAGAGAAGAAAUCACUGAAGAAAAGUCCACUGGGAGUUGAUCAUAUGUUGCUGGAGUUCUUACCUUAGAAAAUCAGAUAA